GUUCUUUUUUUUUCAACUUUUUCAGACAUAUGGCAUCGCAAGCACCACCAAAAUGGGCCACAGAGCUCAUAAACGAAGUGAAGAGAAUUGGCGUGCUACUGUUAUUCCCGCUACUUUUGUUGCAGCCCGCAAUAACUUGAUCGCAAAACCAAAAGAUAUAAGGAAAGCUGUAAUUGUGAAUGUCAUUGCUAAAGUUGUAGAAGAAGGAUCUGAUGCAAAUAAAAUUUAUGAAGAUUUAAGGAGAGAAACAAACAAUCUUGUCAACGCGACAAUUGAUGAAAUUGGUACUUUUGUUAUUUGCAAUAUUACUUUAAGGAAUUCCAGUAUAUUAUUAAAAGAGCCUCUUAGUGUAAUAGAUGUCCAAGUUAGAGAAAGUAAGCUUUAUAAAUGUGCUACAACCUUUACUAACAGUUUUUAUAACACAACUGCUAAUUCGGAAAGUCACGUACUUCAAGCAAAACUUCAAAGCUCGACUCAUAUUCGUUCAAUAAAAUGUAUCUCACAAUUUACAGUGAAUGAUCCAUAA